UCACCUUUUUCAAUACUGAUUAACCAGACGUUUAAAAUGCCAGUAAGUAAAUUCAAGUAAAACAAACAAAAAAACACAAAAAUGACUACAACGAUUUAUGGAGCGACUAUACGUCGACUCCUUAACACAUCUUCAACCAACUGUCAGUAUUGUCCAACCUCUUCUGGAUACGAACCGCCCCAUAAAGAAGGCGGCUAUAAAAUCUGGAAACGAUUGGCUCUAUUUCUGGCUCUUCCCUCAGUCAUAGGUGGAUCGGUGUUACUUUAUUUGAAGAAGAAAUCCGCUCCAGAAGAAAGGCCGCCUUUUGUUAAAUACUCAUUUUUACGGAUAAGGACUAAACGGUAUCCCUGGGGAGACGGUCAGAAAAGUUUGUUUCAUAAUCCUAAAGUAAACGCCCUUCCAGAUGGGUAUGAAGAUGAAGAAGAAUGAAAAAGAUGAAACUAUUAUUACUUCCAUCGUAAUGUGUUUUGUCAUUUAUUAUUUUAUUAUAACAUGUUUUUUUAUUAAAAAGAUUUAUUGAG